GUUGUGCAGUGCCCCCGUGCACAUGUAAUACACAUGUUCUUUAUUUUGCACAGAACACAAAAUAAAAACAUGAAUAAGUCAGCCCUUGUAAUUAGAAUUCUUCAAAGAAUUCAACUUUCUUUUAAACAUUUCGAGUUGACAUUGUGGGAGGGGUAUGGAGGCCACCCACCAGUAGGCCCAGCUCUCGCCAUUGACAGCUCAGCUGUAAUUCCAGAUAGGUCGUCAGAAAGUGGAGGAGGCCUUGCCAGUAUAUUUGACGGCUUGUUAUGGGCUGUACCCAAGCACCGACGUUCCAUCCAGCGCAAUCGCACGAGACGGAGAGCUGAGGAUAAGAUGAUCAAACACAUACCCGAGGAGAAGUUUACAACUUGCGAAGUGUGCGGUCACGCCAAGAUGAUCGGGUUCUUAUGUGGACACUGUUUGAUCAGAAUACGACAGGAGACGCGAGAGAUUAGGAAACAGCUCAUGGGACAGCGGGACGAAACAGACGCACUCCCCGACAGGGAGACCGUCGUCGUUUACGAGGGCGAACCAUUGCGGCCGGAAGAGGAGGGGAAAGAGAUUGUCGAGAUGAAGAAGAAGAGACCCUCGUGGUUCAGCAGGGCUCUGCUGGAGUAGAUCGUGGAGCAAGAAGAUGGAAAUCUCCCCACGAUUAAUGUUGCAGUUCUUCCCAACUUUUUCUUUGGAUUGUUCCGGAUUUGGCCAUAAGCUCCGCCCAACCUUCACAGUCUUUGUGACUAAUUUUGAACGAGCUGUUGUGGUCACAUGACCAAAAGUACGGAUCCAAUUGGUCAAAAUGGGAAAUGUUUGAUCACCAGACAUUACUUUUUCCUACCGCAAGGAAACGCACCAUUGUGAUGCAGAUGAGGCAAAUGCAACACUGCCCUCUGUUGACAGCCAGCAGCAGACUUACGAGUUGUACACUUCUGAUGCUUUCUGAAUAUUUCUGCUCAGAAUCAUCUAUUCAUUGUAGGUAUUUUUUUUUUCUACUAAGAUCCACAAAAGAACAUGAUGCAAAUUUGCUAUUUUUCAAUCACAUUUUUAGGCACAAUGUAACUCAUGAACAAUGAUGCUUGUUUGGGUUUCAAGUUUUAUACAAAUGUUUUUUUGCCCUAGUAAAUGUGACACAUUUUUCUAUUUGAAGAAAGUCGGGACAGGAACAACCAAUUUCUAUUCCAAAUCAGGCAUGUUAGAGGUUUGAAAAAAGGUAAUAAAACAUGACAAAAUUUACACCUAAAA